AUGAGUCAUCAACAGCAACAGCAACAGCAACAGCAACAGCAGCUGGAGCUCAAGCAGCUCGACGCGGAUCCCGCAGCAGCAGCAACAGCAACAGCAGCAGCUGAAGAAGUAUCCGCUGGCAUCGAAGCCAUCCAGCGAGUGCGCGCAGUCAAGAUGCAGCUCUUCCUGGGCUCGCUCGCUGCAACCCACCGCUCGAAUGCAGCAGCAGCAGCAGCAGCAGCAGCGGGCGACGCGGGCGCGGGUGUGAUGCUGGGUGGCGGCGACCCUGGCAGCGGCACCGUCAGCCCACUCUCACGCCCUGACUCGCCGAAUCCGCUGUUCGCCGACAACAACAGCAACAACCUGACCGACGCAGCGACAAACAGCCCCGCGACUCUGCACUCGCACGCCAUGACGGCGACUGCGGGGUCUGGUGCUGCGGCGGCGGCAGGUGUGGCGGGUGCGGCGGGAGCGACGCUCUCCACGCCCGAUGCGAAAUCUACCGCUGCUGCUGCUGCUGCUGUUGUUGUUGGGCAAGGGCACACGAAGGCCAUUGCGUCGGCAGUGUUUGCACCCGACCAGUCGUGGCUUGUGACGGGCUCCCGCGACACGACCUUGCGCCUGUGGCACUCGCAGACCGCCCAGCCGCUCGACCAGGUCGAAACGAGUUCCCAGCAGCAGCUGGCAGAGCGCAAACCCGCCAGUCCCUCGCCGCCGGCCGUCAGCGUUGUGCGUGGCCUGCAUACGGAGGGUGUGGACAGUGUGGCCGUCUCGCCCGAUGGCAAGCGCAUUGCCUCCGCAGCCUGGGACACCUCUGUGUACGUGCUCGAGGCUUCGACCGGAAACCGCGUUAGCAAGCUCGGAGGUUUGGCCGCCAAGGUCAACAUGACCUCGCUCCACUUUAGCCCUGCCAUCCAGGCACUCGAGUCGGUUGUCCCGCCCAUCUCGACAGACCGUCUGGACGAGAACGGCAUUGAUGCCACCCACGACUCUGGCGCGUUCCUGGUGGCUGCCUCGUCCGAUGCGCGCCAGCACGUCGCGGCGCUGUUUUUCGCCUCGUCCGGUCAAGAGAUUCGUCAGUUCUCGGGCCACACGGCGUCCAUCAUUAUGUGUCGCUUUUCGCCGGGAGGUCGCCGUGUUCUGACCGCAUCCAAGGACACGACUCUGCGCAUUUGGUCGGCGGCAACGGGCCAGUGCAACCACAUCCUGAUCGGGCACUCGGCAGCGGUUGUCGCCUGCGCGUGGUCGCCGUCCAUCAGCUCGCCGUUGGUGGCCUCCGCCUCGCUGGACGGUGUUGUGGGCCUGUGGAAUCCAGCGUCUGGCGUGCUCAUCCGCUCCUUCUACGGCCAUGCCCCUGCAACGUCCGGUCGCAUCACGGUUGAAUUCUCCCCAGACUCGUCCCAGAUUGUCUCGGCCUCGUCCUCUGGUCUGGUGUUCCUUUGGGAUGUGAGCUGCGGCGCCAUGCUGCGCCGCCUCGACAUGACCACUCACGCCUUGAUCCCUGUCGCGGCUAGCGACUACUCGGGAAGCGGCGAUUUCUCCGCAUCGCCCAUGCCACAGUCUCCGACGAGCCCUGGUGGCUUUUCCACAGGCAGCAGUGCCCUUUCUGCAGCGAGUGCGGCCGUCUCCGGAGGCGUCAACCCCACUUUUGUGGCCAGUCUUGCCGCUUUGGGCAGCCUGCUCAACGCCGUCUUUUCUCUCGACGGCUCGCGCUUGCUGUGCAGCUAUGCGACGGAGGACUAUGGUUUGCGCGUGAUUGACUCGCAGAUCGAACCCACCCCAAACUUUUACCGACACGUCAAAGCCGUGGUUUGUUGCGCGUUCAGUCCCGAUGGGAAGCGCGUGGUGAGCUCCGCCGCGCUGGGGCCGGUCUGUGUGUGGGAUGCGGCCACAUGCGAAACCCUCCUCGAGCUCACUGGCCACAGCCACACGGUCAAGUCCUGCUGCUUCCAACCACGCACUGGAAAAAUGAUUCUGACGAGCUCUUGGGACAAGACAUUCAAGCUGUGGGACUCCAACACGGGAACCUGCUUGGCCACAGGUACUGGCCACGAUGGGCCCAUCAACUACGCGACGUUCGGACCGAGAGAUCCGCUGAUUGCUACCGCGUCUGGCGACGGCUCCAUCAAGCUGUGGAGAUACGCCACCUCAUCUGCCGCCGGGGGAACGGUCACUGUGCAGCUUGUCGCCACUCUGGCCAGCCACAAGGGUGCCGUCAACUAUGUCGUGUUUUCGCCCGACGGUACCUUGCUCGUCUCGUGUGGGUUUGAUCGAUCCGUCCGUCUUUGGUCAAUCCCGCAGAUCCUGGCCGCCGUUGCCGCCGCUGGAGUGGGCGCCUCCUCCCCGCCCAUUAUCACCAACCCUCUGAAUGUUUUGCAAGACCACACCAACUCUGUUCUCUCUGCCAGCUUCUCGCCCGACGGGUCGAGGUUGGCAACCACGUCGCUCGACAAGUCUGUCAAGAUCUGGGACGUCAGAGCGCUCGCACGCAUGCGAGGCGGUGCUGGCGGCAAGGCCGUGUCGCUCGAUUCCGAUGGCGGAGCGACUGAUUCCCCCGCCGCCGACGAUGUGACCAUUGCUGGCGGCAUUGGCAUCUACGCCACGGCCUCUGGCUUCACUUCAACCCCGAGCUUCAGUCCCAUUGUUACCCUCCACCAGGCCCAUCUCAAUGCCGUCACCUCGAGCGCAUUCUCGUCCAACGGAGCGCGUCUGCUGACCGUCGGUCGAGACCGGACGCUCAAGGUGUGGUCGCUGCUGAGCUCGUCGCUCGUGUGCGAGAUGGCCUUCCGCCUGUCGUCCGAGGCAGAGUGUGUGGCAUGCGCGCCAGUGUCUGCUGCAAACAGCUCGAUGCAGCACAUGCUGCAGGGGGUUGUCGUCGUCGCCAUCGCCCUGCAGGAAGGCGCAGUCACGGUCAUGGAUGUGUCCAAGAGCGAUCCGCCCACCACGUCGAUGGAACUGCUGAUCGAGCUGCAAGACUUUGCCUCGUUGCGCCGCAUUACAAGCGAGUUCCCGCACACCAUCAACGCUCCGCUUCUCGACGGACGUCGCACCGUCGUGCACCGUGCAGCCGAGCGUGGCAACAACGACCUGCUUGGCGCCUUGCUCUCUGCCAAUGCGCCGUUCCUGCUUGUCAUGGACAGCGAAGGCGAGACUGCCAUCGAUGUGGCGUUGGUUCGCAACCACAAGUCGACCGUGCAGCUGCUUGUUCGUCGCCUCUACACGCCGCCGUUUGGCUUGCACCCAUCCAACGGCUUUGCAGUCACUCGACUGCUUCCACGUUUGAUUCGCAAGUACCCCGACGUUGCGACAGAGCUUCUGGAGAACCUGGACAUGCUUUGCGCGCCACCGCUUGAUUCGCGGCCGCUCAGCUUCUUCCCGUGCGUGUCCCACGCCUACUUGGAGGUGGCGCGCCAUGAGCGCCCGCUGGCCUUCCUCCAGAGCCUUGGUGCGGCUGGCAUUGGUCGCGUGGACGCGUCCACCACCUCCGACGGGUCCAGUCCUUCGAUUGUGGAUGCCGCGAGCUUUUCGACCGUGGGAACCCUCAUCGAGAAUCUGCAGUCUGGCCUGACCGCGCCCAUUGAGCCAGACGAACGGCUGGUUCGCGCGUCCAACUCGCUCAUGGACACCAGCGCCGUCUGGUCGGAUCUGGUGGCAGAGCAUGAUGCGACCAACAGCCGCGCCAACGUCACGACCGCUCGCCAGGUGCAGUCUGACCAGCAGGGCACGCAACAGUUGUCCCACCAGCAAGGCCAGCUCGACGAUGACGAUGAUGACGAGGCCUUGGCCAAGCUGCAUGACGACAGUCUUUGGUACGAGACGCGCCUGCCCGUUUCGCUGUGCGUUGUGCCCCUUCCGUACAUUCUUGGGUUUGAUGCUCGCGCGCAGGUCCGUGCUCUCCCGGCGGUUGCCGAAGCCGUCGAGGCGCCUCCCAGCACUGCCGCGUUGGGUGGCGCAGGCGUCCCGAAGCCCAUGUCGGAACACUCGGCCACCAUCGGACGUCCCCGCAACAAUUUCUUUGCUCGCGUCAACACGCUCUUUACAGGCAAAUCUCUCAAUGUUCCUCCGACAGGCAACAUUGAUUCGCACAAUCCUGAAGGCUUCACCCGCAUCUACAAGACUGCCUUGCGCGAGACGUUCAUGCAUGCAGCCCUGCGCUCGCGCCACAAGGACAUCUUCCGGACUGGUAUCAUGCACGCCGUGAUGGAUUACAAGUGGCAGGCCUUCGGCCGCAACCGCUUCCUCUGGUGGCUCCUGUGGUAUACCUGCUUUGUGGUUUUGUAUACCAUUGUGACUGCUCUUGCGAUUUCACGCAACGCCACAUGCGAGUCCUUCCCAUUCGAUUCGACUGUCCCGGCUUUCGAAAACGCGGGCGACUGGAUUUUGCUUGGAUUCGAGUGCCUGACACUGCUUGUCGACCUGUACCUGGUCGGGUACAAUUUGGUGAAAAUGUACAAGCAGGGCAAGAUGUGGUUCUUCUCAUUGUGGAACCUCGUCGAGAUGAUCGCGGCCCUUUUGGUGCUGGCCAUUGUGCCGUUGCGAGCGACAUGCCAGACGGCAGAGGCCGGCGUGGUGGCCGUUGCAGGACUGCUGUUGUGGUUUCGUCUUGUUUCGUUCGCCCAGGCCUCGCAGCAAGCUGGUAUCCUCGUGUUUGCGCUUUCGCGCAUCAUCCAAGACAUUGUCAUGUUCCUGGCGCUGCUCAUUCUACUCAUUUUGAGCUUUGGCCACGCCUUCUACGUGCUCUUUGGCGGAUCUCCCGCGGUUCCCAGCUACAAGACAUGGUCGCAGUCCGUCGUCACGUCCUAUCGCAUUCUUCUUGGUGAUUUCGACUUUGGCGAAUACGACGACUCGAUCACUCCCGUGCUGGCCAAGAUCAUCUGGGGCAUCUUUACAGCCCUGAUGACUGUCAUUCUCCUGAACGUGUUGAUUGCCCUUCUGUCCGACAGUUACCAAAACGUCAAGGAGAAUGCAGAGGUUGAAUGGCGCAUUUCGCUUGCCGGCAUCAUCGCCGAGUUCGAAAUGGCCAUGACUCCGAAGCAGCGCGCCCGGAUGGCUCCAAAGUGGGUUCACUUUGUGGUUCCGACCCAAGCCGUCCAGGAUGCAGCUGCAGCCAAAGCAGCUGCAGCCAACAGCGCCUCCUCCCACCAGCAGGCAGCCGAAGCCGCAGUCGCAGCGCUCGCUUCACGUCUAGCAGACGUGGAGACGCACUUGGAUGCUCGCCUCGAUGCCGUCCUUCGUCAGUUGGAAAAGUUGAACGCCCGUGCUUGAGGCGCAGUUGUGUUGUCAUUGCAUUUGUUUUGGGUGGUAUGUUCAAUUUUAGUUUUCAGUCGCAGCUCCUUUCUUCAAUCUCACCCCCUACCUGCUACAACCG